AGUGAGUAACUUGAAAAGAAAAAUGAAAGAAUGUAACAUCUAAAAUUAUUUGUCAAAUUUAAUCCUAACCAAGAUAUAAAUUUUCAAGUGAAACUUUAUCCUACAAAUUUGCACAAUAUUUUAUACCAUGUUACGUGCAGGAAUUACAUCAUUGCUGCAAAAUGAACCUUGCGUAUAUAAGUCCAUUUUAUCGUCAAGCUUUAAUACGUCUCAAAUUCUUAACCGAAAAUGCAAACAGGGAAGGAAAAAGUGCGAACGCCAAUCUAUACCUGUAGCUAUCGUAUUAUGUGGCUGUGGAGUUUACGAUGGUACCGAAAUUUCAGAAGCUAUUUCCUCCACGAUACAUAUUUGCCAGAAGGGUAUGACACCACGUUUCUAUGCCCCGGAUGUAGAUAUUUGUGAAAUUGUCAAUCACUGUACCAAGGAAGUAGACUCAGAUAGCCGACCCAGAAAUGGUUUAAUUGAAGCUGCCAGACUGGCUAGAUCUUCUAUACAACCAUUGUGCGAAUGUGAGGCAUGUAUGCACAAAGCACUCGUACUUCCAGGAGGUUUUGGUGUUACCAAGACUCUGAGUGAUUUUGCUGAAAAGGGCUCGGAAUGUACUGUUCUUCCGGAUUUGGAGAAACUCAUCGAAGAUUUUUAUUGCGCAAAAAAACCAAUUGCAACAAUGUGUAUUGCAGGUAUCCUAGUUGCAAGAGUGUUAAAAGGAUGUAAAAUAACACUGGGACGAGAGAAACCUGCAUCGGAUUGGCCAUAUGCGGAUGCUAUUAAAAAAGCCCGGGACAUGGGAGCCAAAGUUGAAUUAAAAUGCGUGAAAGGAGUAACUCGAUGCAAAACUCACAAUGUUCUAAGCACGCCAGCUUGGAUGAAUCAUACUGCAUCUUAUGCAGAUGUACAUGCCGGCAUAGGAAAAUUAAUCACAAUGUUGAAGAAAGGCAUUCAAACAUGACUUAUGUUAUUUGGACAUAAAAAAAAUGACAUACAUUGCCUCUGAGUAUGGCACUUGUCAUUUUUAAUGAAUUUGUAACGUAUAACGUAAAGUAUUAUUUUUCUUCAAUAUAUGUUGCCAAAUUUUAUUACAAAUUAUGUAUAC